CUGUAUGGGAAAAGCCCCUUAAAAAAUAUAUCGAUAUACUCGAUUAUGAUAUUUUCAAAAACCGUCAACCAGAAGUAAAAUCAUUGGAAACGUUCAUUGCUAAAAGUCUCAAAAUACAUGUAGAAUUCUUGAAAGUAGAAUCGAGAGGAGAAGAUCCCGAUUAUAACUCUAUGGUUCUAAAUCGUAUUAAGGAAUUAGAUCAUAUUACUAUAGAUUUCAAAUUUCCGGCCGCAAGUCAUCUUCAAUACGCUAAUCAACUGGAACUUAAAGAAGAACGGGAAAA